CAUGCGCAGUGAACGCCUUGGCUCAAGCUGAUAAGGCCUCGAUUGAAAUUAACAGCCAUUGAGAAUUCUCCUAGCCAUCAUGGUACGGCUUGGCCUUGGCUUCUUGGUGUUUGGAAGGACGGUCGCUCAGAAAGCAAAAGGGCGUGCCUUAUUGAAAGAGUCUCGCGAAGCACCACAUAAAGGUCUUUACCACGGAGAAACUUAUGUGUUUGGCUACAGAACAACUUGGUCUGGGAAAAAAACUCCACGAGUGUGGAAGCCAAAUGUGUUCGAAAAGACAUUUUACAGUCAAGUGUUGGAACAAGACUUGUCACUGAAGGUCAGUGUACAGGCUCUGAGAUGUAUUGACGAGGCUGGUGGACUUGACAAUUACAUCAUUAAUACACCUGAGAGAACGCUAUGUUCUAAAUUGGCUAUUGAUCUCAAGAAACUUAUGGUGUGGGUUGUCAAAUGUAAAGAAGAAGGUGUAGAAAUGGAGCAGAUCAGGAGUGAAAUUUUUCCUAAACCAAGAAUAAGUCGUCAUGUUCACAUCCCAAAGGAAUAUACCAACAGAUUUUACUUUGAUUGGAAAGGACCUCGCAAACAGAUGGUGUUUUGUUAGGAAAAGCAUGUUUAUCAAGCUUAAGAGUGUAUAAUAUUUACUAUAGUUUUUAAUUUGGAGGUGCAAUUUAAGGUAAAAAGACUGAACAUGAAUAGAUGCCUGAUUUCCUUCAUGGUUCCAGCAGUAAAGUGAGUCAGGUGUUAAGUUGUUGAUCAAGUUGCUAGACUGACCAGCUGCACACCCCAAUCCCCUGGGAAAAUCCUAGGUGGUCAGGGAUUUUGCUGUUUCCCAACCCUCCCAGAGUUUUACAUUUAAUGAAAACUUAAAAUCACCCCCGACAUCCACGGAUGUGAAGGGUAUUUAGAAACAAAUUGGGAAAAUUAGGAGCAUUUCAAUUUUUCCAGUGCAUCAGAGAUCUCUUCAAUGAUCAGCCAAUAUUGAAGAUCUAUGAAAACUGCUAUUUCUACUGUCAAGGAUAUCGGCAAUUGUCUUAGCUUACUACAAAUACAUGACUUGCUUGGCUAUUAAUUUUGCCCACCAGUCACAUAAAAAAAGGUGAGCCUAAGGCAAAUAAUUGUUAUAGUAUAAUUGCGCAGGUGCUUUCCAAUUCUGUAGUAAAUUUGUUUUGUUAUUGAAACCAUUCUGUUACAAUUGUUUUGAUAACUCUUGUCGAGUUAAGCAGCUAGUUCCCACUAAAAUUUAACAAGUUUAUUUAAUUCAACCAACAAAAUUUCAUUUAUUUCUUUGAAAAGUGUUAAAUAACCUUAGAUGUAGAACACCUGAAGCAUCUUUUGGGCUCUUCACUCUCCUAUCAUUUUAUUACUUCUUGUGUGGCAUCAACAAAAAAUGAGGCAACCAUUUUGAAAUCUAGUGCCCCUACCAUAAUCACCUUACGCUAGGUGAGUAUAGCAAGAUAUGAUGCAAUCCUUGACCAAUGAGAGCACAUGUAUCUCUAUAAUCACCGGAGGACAUUCCACUAAAAAGACUUAUUCUGGGUCAAGGGAUAAUAAAGUCACCCAUCAUCUGGGAUUUUCCUAACAUAUGAAAACCAAUUUAAAACAUUUUAGCAAGUUUAAGCAAGACAUUUACAAAUCACUUCCCUCUAUUUGUUAAAUCAAUUUUUUGCCAAAAAAAUUUAAUUUUUACCA